AUGACCAAGCAUAACCAGUUACCUAGAGACGUUGCGGAAUCUUCAUCCUUGGAGAUAUCCACAAGCAAUCAGGACAAAGUCCUGGGCAAUGGCUCUAGGGCCCUGCCCCAGCGCGGGGACUCCGUGCUGGGACAAGCAGAGCCCCGAUCAGCGCCCCGCCACUCACGCACGCCGAGACCCGAACCGCGGGAAUUGCUGCUGGGAAACAAGGCGGUGACCAGGCUUUACAGGAUGACUUCAUUCUCCCCGUCCUCAACCCAAAGCCCGGCCCUGCAAAACCCCGCGCCGGGGCCUGCCGAGGGACCCCCGGGGCAGGUGCCGCCCGAGGCGCGCCCCCCGCGCCCCCGGGGUACGGCCCCACCGCCGCGGGCCCUUCCGGGGACAGCCCACCGCGUUCCAGCUGGGCUGGAGCUGAUGCCGCGGGAGGAAGAAAAAGAAGAGGAGGAGGAGGAGGAGGAGGAGGCCCCACCUCUGCCACUCCGCUUACGGCCUCACCCAUACUACCCGAUCACGGCCCCUCCUGGUCGCGCCUCCCCCAGCUCCCGCUCGCCCCUGAGGUCUGGGCCCCCGGUCCCAACGGCCCUCCCGAACCUUCUGGAACCGGGGGAAGGCGGCGGAGAUGGGGCGCACGAACCCCCUCGCACGCCGAACGGGCAGCCCAUCCCCGCCGCAGCCCAGUCGUGCCCCGCGCCCCCCGGCCCUGCCCGUCGCGGCCCCGCCGGACCCACCAGCGCCCCCUCCGCCGCUGCCGCCGCGGCCCCGACUGUGCGCGGCUCCUCCGCUCCUUCCGGGUGUCUCUGGGGACACGCCCCCCGCGCCCGCCUCUCGCGCGCUGAUUGGUGUUCGGGGCGGGGCAGGGCGCGGGGCGGGGCGAGUCGCGAAGCCGCGUGGCCAAUGGGCGAUGAAGCACCGCGCCCAGACCCCGCCUAUAGCCCGCCCCCUCCACGUGCGGGAGUGUGA